AUGGCUGUUGGCUUACCCAGUAAUCUUGCUAAGCAAAUUCUUCGCCGUUCAGGAUCUGGCUCAAACAGAGCAACUUCAAGGUUUACAAAUGUGCCUAAAGGUUUCUUAGCAGUGUAUGUUGGGGAGAACCAGAAGAAGCGAUUUAUAGUUCCUGCAGCCUACUUGAGCCAGCCUUCAUUUCAGGAUUUGCUGAGCAUGGCUGAAGAGGAGUUUGGCUUUGAUCAUCCAAUGGGUGGCUUGACAAUCCCCUGCAGUGAAGAGAGAUUUAGUCAUGUCGUCUCCAUCCUCAGCAGAUAA